AUGCAAAUGAGCAAGACAAAAAAAAAAAGGAAAAGAGAAGGCAAAGGCAAAGAGCCGCUGAGUAGAGGCGCAAGCAUGAGAGCAAGGCGAAUGUCGCUGAGCAGGAUUGCUUGCGGGCACGAAAAGCCGCGUCUGCGCCCUUGCACCAACUUCUCUUUCCUCUUGGAUCUUGGAUCUGCUGUGUUCCGAGCGACCUCUCUCUUCAUUUGUGUGUGUGAAGUGUGUGUGUGGGUGCAGGCAAAGCGAAGCGACACCCUUUGUGUGUGUUGUGAGCGAUGCUUGCAUGAGCACACAUGCAUACACAGCACAUGCAAUGAGAACAGCACGGGCGUGUGUCUGUGUGUGGAUGUUUGUGUGUGUAUGAUGCAUGAGCAUUGUGUGGGUGUGAAGAGGCACAUGUGGGGAGGCGAGCAAGCGUUUGCUCGUGUCCCUGUGUGUGUUCUUGUGACGACUCGCAUCAUGAGCAAACGCACUUCUACCAUACAGAAGCAAAGCAACACACGACAUAUGCGCUUGUGGCGAGCAACGACUGUGUUUGCGGAAAGAGGGCGAGCUGAUUGUUCAGCUUCCUCUGAGUGUGACAGUGUGAAGCGCUGGACAUUUCUCGCACACGAACACACAUUGUUGGCUCUUGAUUGUUCUUCCCUCCUCACAGUGAUGUGACGCAGCGAGACGCAGGAAGCAAGCCUGCACGCAUGGUGCAUUGAGACCCGGGCACAGCGAUGUGCCUGGCGCGUAGAUGACAUGUGUGCGCAUGAACGGGCAUGCAUUUUCCUUGUGUGUGUAGCUGUGCGUUGGGAGAAGGGCGAUGAGCCAAUAUGUGUUUGUGUGUGGGGGAAUGGCUGGCAGUUGCUUUGCUGCACACGUGGAUGUGGCACAGUGAAAACAAAACGUUGUCAGCUGUGUGUUGUGGGUGUGGCUGUGGUUGCCUUUGGAGGCAAGGCGCAGCCCGCUGUGACAUGCGGGUCGAUGAAGUAUUGCGAGCGAGAGCAAGCAAAGCUUUGCAUGGAUUGCUGGUGUUGAGCCAAAAGUCUAUGAUGUUGAAGCAAGUUGCAAGCCGCUGGCGGAGUGACGGCAAGGCGCACAUA